AGAUCAGACGUCAAUUUCAACUCUCCACUGAAGAGAUUUCACCGAAAUUUCUACUCCGAUCGAUCAAUUGAAGAAAUGGAAGCUAAUUCCGGCGGAGGAGGCGGAGGAGCUGAAGGCGGAAGAGCGGCAACCGGAGGAGGAGGGAGCGAUGUGGAAUUGGUGAGCAAGACGUUGCAAGUGGAGCAUAAGCUUUUCUAUUUUGAUCUUAAAGAGAAUCCUCGUGGAAGGUAUCUAAAGAUAUCGGAGAAGACGUCGGCGACGAGGUCAACCAUCAUUGUACCUUCCUCCGGCAUCUCUUGGUUCCUUGAUCUCUUCAAUUACUAUGUCAAUUCUGAGGAACACGAGCUUUUUAGCAAAGAAUUGCAGCUUGAUUCCAAGGUGUUUUACUUCGACAUUGGUGAGAACAGAAGAGGACGCUUCUUGAAGGUGUCAGAAGCAUCGGUUAGUAGAAAUCGAAGUACCAUUAUUGUUCCAGCUGGAAGCUCUCCUGAUGAAGGAUGGGCAGCUUUCAGGAAUAUCUUGGCUGAGAUUCAUGAAGCAUCAGGGCUCUUUGUGAUGCCAAAUCAGAAACCUUCUGAUGGACAGGAACACUUGGUUGAUGAUGUUGGAGCUGGAUUUAUACCUGGCCAUGGUAGCCAGCAGCCAUCUUCUUCAGAACAUAAUGUGGAUCGAUCAGUUGACUCGCCAGGCCAGGAAGAAACUGUUUCUAAAGUAAUCAGAGCUGACCAGAAACGGUUCUUCUUUGAUCUUGGGAACAAUAACAGGGGCCAUUUCCUGAGGAUAUCUGAGGUGGCAGGUUCUGACAGGUCUUCCAUCAUUCUACCGUUAUCUGGUCUUAAGCAGUUUCACGAAGUAAUUGGUCACUUUGUGGAGAUCACCAAAGAUAAGAUUGAAGGUAUGACAGGUGCAAAUGUCAGGACAGUUGAUCCUCCUCAGAGAUGAGUAUUGAUUCUUUUAGAGGAUGGAAUUUUCAAUCCUCUAACCAUUUGAAUCUGGCAACUUCAAGUAGAUUGUCUGAUCGCGGUGUGCAAUAGUUUCAC